CCAGGUAUUUGGAAAAGAAGAGGACGAUGUUCCCACGCUUCUUCUUCGUGUCGGAUCCAGCACUGCUUGAGAUUCUGGGUCAAGCAUCCGACAGCCACACCAUUCAGAACCAUCUGCUGUCCAUCUUCGACAAUACGCGGUACGUGCGCUUCCACGACGUGGAGUACAACAAGAUGACGGACAUCGUGUCGUCGGAGGGCGAGGUGAUCCCGCUGGAGCGUGCGGUCCGCGCCGAGGGCAGCGUGGAGACGUGGCUGACGUCGCUGCUGCAGACGGCGCAGCAGUCGCUGCACUCCAUCAUCCGCCAGGCGCACGCCAUGAUCAACGACCCCAACUUCCACCUGCUCAACUUCCUCGACAAGAUGCCCGCG